GUUGGCGUGUUUGGAUGAUCCAGUGUUCUGUAUGAGCGUUCAGAGUGGACUUUUCUCGUCCUUCUUCGACUCUUGGAUGUUUGCCACAUGUCCGGGUUUCAGGCUCUUUCAGUUUUUCCUGAUGAGGUCCAUCAGCUGUCAGUGAAUAAAGAAGCAGCAUGCCCUGAGCAGCAGGAGAAGCAUGAGCAUCUGAAAAUUAAAGAUGAACCUGAGGAACUGUGGAGUAAUCAAGAGAGAGAUCCGCUUCAAGGGCAAGAGGAGAAUGAUGUCAAGUUCCCUUUUGUUCCUGUCCCUGUGAAGAAAGAAGAUGAUGAAGAGGAACCUCAGUCUUCACAGCAUUAUCAAAAACAAACCAAAGAGUCAGCCAGGUACUUUGAUCCAGAGAGAGAUUUACAACAACAUUCUGAGAUCAAGACUGAAGACUCUUCUGAUCCAGAGACUGAUGACAGUGCUGAUUGGAGGGAGAUGACGAAUCACCAGUCAGGUUUAAAUUCAGUCGGUGACAGCACACAAACAAGAGCUAAGAUUCAAGAGAAAUUGUAUAUCUACUCAGAAUGUGGAAAAAGACUUACUGGUGAAACAGGUUUGAUUAAACGCAUGGUUGUUCAUACUAAAGAAAAACCCUUCAGCUGCACUGAAUGUGGUCAGAGAUUUACCCUAAAAGGAAGUUUAACUGAUCACAUGAGAAUUCACACAGGAGAGAAACCAUUUGUUUGCUCUUUGUGUGGUCAGAGAUUUACCCAAAAAGGAAGUUUAAAUGUUCACAUGAGAAUUCACACAAGAGAUAGGCCUAAACCAUUUGUCUGCUCUGAGUGUGGUCAGGGAUUUACCCAAAAAGGACAUUUAGCUGUUCACAUGAGAAUUCACACAGGUGAGAAACCAUUUGUCUGCUCUCACUGCGUUCAGAGAUUUACCGAAAAAGGAACUUUAACUGUUCACAUGAGAAUUCACACGGGUGAGAAACCAUUUGUCUGCUCUGAUUGUGGUCAGAGAUUUACCCUAAAAGGAACUUUAACUGAUCACAUGAGAAUUCACACAAGAGAUAAACCAUUUGUCUGCACUGAGUGUGGUCAGAGAUUUACCCUAAAAAGAUCUUUAACUGUUCACAUGAGAGUUCACACAGGGGAGAAACCAUUUGUCUGCUCUGAGUGUGGUCAGGGAUUUACCCAAAAAGGAAAUUUAGCUGUUCACAUGAGAGUUCACACAGGAGAGAAACCAUUUGUCUGUUCUGUGUGUGGUCAGAGAUUUUCCCUAAAAGGAAGUUUAACUGUUCACAUGAAAAUUCACAGAAGAGAGAAACCACUUCCUGCUUUGACUGUGGUCAGAGAUUUACCCUAAAAGGAAGUUUAAAGAGUCACAUGAGAAUUCACAAAGGUGAGGAAGCCAUUUGUCUGCUCUAAGUUUGGCAAAACAUUUGCCCACCAACAAACUUUGACCAGACAUGGAAAUUCAUACAGAGAAAACUUCUUCAGCUGCUCUCACUGUGGGGAGAGGUUUACCAAAAUUUGAAAUUUGACUGAAUGUAAAAACAAACUUCUAAGCAGCAUCAGCAGGAUUAUCUUGUUGUAUAGUCCCAGGUUUCAGUUCAUUUUGACUCCCUUUGGUUACUAUGAAGUUGGAAAUUCUAACUUUCCACCUUCAGGACUCCAUCUCUCUACGGCAAAGGAGGUGAUCCUGGUCUAAUUCCUCCUGAAUGGGUUGAUGUUUGUUUUGUAAAUAUUCAUCUUAUUCCUGGGGCAGCUAAUGUAAACUGAAUAGUGGCAACACUUCUGGUGUUUUAGGCGGAAGUACAUUAAUUACAUGUAUUCAAGUAAAGCCGCUAACGAUAGAUGCUCAUAGUCAAUGACAGUAGUUUCAAUAUGAAUUUACCUGGAAUUUGUAGAUACUGAUAUAUUUUUGUAUUCACAUGUUUGUAUUGUAAGAUGUAAGUAAGCAAAUAAGGCUGAUACCACAUUAUUCCCUGGGGGGUGGGGGGUGUCUACGUAGCUAUGAAUGUGGGUUGAACUUCUCGUACAGUAACAAUAACAGCAAACCGCGAUUCUUCCAAGGCCUUAUUUAAGUGAUUUAGUGUCAACAGUGGUUGUUCUGAAAUAAAUGUUUUGACUGUGGUCAGAGAUUUACCCCAAAAGGAAGUUUAAAGAGUCACAUGAGAAUUCACAAAGGUGAGGAAACCAUUUGUCUGCACUAAGUUUGGCAAAACAUUUGCCCACCAACAAACUUUGACAAGACAUGGAAAUUCAUACCAGAGAAAACUUCUUCAGCUGCUCUCACUGUGGGGAGAUAUUUACCCAAAUAUGAAAUUUGACUGAACAUUAAAAACAAACUUUGAAGCAGUAUCAGCAGGAUUAUCUUUUUGUAUAGUCCCAGGUUUCAGUUCAUUUUGACUCCCUUUGUUUACUAUGAAGUUGGAAAAUCUAACAUUCCACCUUCAGGACUCCAUCUCUCUACGGCAAAGGAGGUGAUCCUGAUCUAAUUCCUCCUGAAUAGGUUGAUGUGUUUCACUCGGGUUCCGUAAAAACCUUCAAUCAAAUCAGACCUUUUUUACAUUCAAAACUGUUAAGUGAGUCUGAACUAUUUUCGAAAAUCUAUUCCCAAAUUCGAUCGUUUAAUUAUUUUUCCUCCAUUUCAGA